AUGAGAUUGCCUAGCUCUGUUCUAGUGUCGGUUUCUUUAUUUACGGCCGAGACUACGGCUGCUCUCUAUCUUAGUUCUACAUACCGCUCUGCAGGGGACAAAAUCUGGCAAGGCUUCACGCUUCUCUUUACGCUUGUCCCCUCUGUCCUGGUCCAGCUCACCCUAAUAUUUAUUCACCGAGACCUCAGCAGGGAUAGACCGCUCGUGCUCCUUCUCCACAUACUGCAGCUCGGACCGAUAAUCAGGUGCCUAGAUGCCUUCUGUAUUUAUGGGAGCGCGGGGAAGAUCGAAGAGCCAUAUGUCACCAUCACCCGGAAGAAGCAGAUGCCCAAAGGUGGCCUAUCGGAGGAGGUGGAGCAGGAAGUUGGGCAGGCAGAGGGGAAGCUGUUUACACACCGUGCUGCCUUUGCCCGUACCUCUGUCAUUCAGGCCUUCUUGGGCUCCGCCCCUCAGCUGACCCUGCAGCUCUACAUAUGUGUGUUGCAACAGGGAGUGUCCAUUGGGAGAGGCACCCUCAUGGUGAUUUCUCUGCUGUCCAUAGUGUAUGGUGCACUGCGCUGCAACAUCCUCGCCAUUAAAAUCCGCUACGAUGAUUAUGAGGUGGACGUCCGGCCGGUAGCUUACCUGUGCAUCUUCUUGUGGCGAAGCUUUGAGAUCGCCACACGCGUGGUGGUGUUGGUUCUCUUUAGCUCUGUGCUACAGAUAUGGGUCCUCCCUGUCGUUCUCAUCAACUUCUUGAUUUUCUUCCUUUACCCGUGGGUGUUGUUCUGGCGUAGCUGCUCGCCCUUUCCAGAGAACAUUGAGAAGACGUUAACGCGUGUGGGCACCACCAUUGUCCUCUGCCUCCUGACGUUUCUGUACGCCGGCAUCAACAUGUUCUGCUGGUCCGCUGUGCAGCUGAAGCUCUACGAUCCGGAUCUUAUCAACAAGUCACACAGCUGGUACCAUGUUGCUGGCUACUAUACGCUGCGCUUUCUGGAGAACACCACACUAACACUGCUCUGGUAUGUCUACCAGACCGAUUUUUACCGCUUUGUGGAUGUGCCCGUUUUGGCCUUGCUCUUGCUGGUGGGCUAUACCAUUGCCAUUUUCUUUAUGCUGCUUUUCUACCAGUUUUGCCACCCCUGCAGGCAGCUGUUCUCCUCCAGCGUGGCCCAAGGCUUGUGGGAGUGUUGUGGCUCAGUUUGCCUGCUUUGUGGACCCUACUCCCAAGCAGAGCCAAUCCAACCCAAAGCCUCUCUAGAACAGCCCAACCUCUCAGACAAAGAGGUAGGGGAUGACCCAGCCAGCAACACUAACGGGGACAUCAGCCAGAGUUUGUCCAGCAAUCCCUGA